UCUUGGCUCACACACCCUCCGUGCAAAGACAGGAGCGACUGCCACAGGCUGUUGAAACAGGACAACACAACUUUCAAGGUGGACAGAUAAUUUGUGAAACGGCAUCAGAGGAGGGUCCCAGUAACAGAGUAACCUACACUCCUUCCUCUUCAUCAACAUGGGGGCUGCGGUCUCACGGUGGAGGGCGAAACCAUCCACUGUGGAGAUUUUGGAAGGAAUUGACAAGAACAUACAGGUUCUUGAAGAAUAUAGUGAGAAAAAUCAAAGGCAGCUGAAGAUAUGGGUUGGACGACUGCUUCUCUACUCGUCGCUUCUCUACUUGAUCACUUGUGUAGUUGUGUAUUUGUGGUAUCUGCCCGAACAGUUAAUGGGACGGCUCAUAUUGUCUCUUCCCUUUCUAAUAGUUCCGUUAUUAGUGUGGUUACUUCGAAAAUUGCUGAUAAAGGUUUUUUCCCGAAGAACUGAAAAAAAUAAUGAAAAGUUAGAGGAUCUUAAAGCAGAAAAGAGGAAAAUACUUGAAGAAGUUAUGGAAACUGAAACAUAUAAAAAUGCAAAAAUGAUUCUGGAGAGAUUUGAUCCUGAUUCCAAGAAAAAUAUUGAGCUUGAAUCGACUCCAGUUGCUCCUCAGAUAACUCCAAAACCAGGACAAGGUAGCAAACUCCGCCAUCGGAAUGUCAUCCCAAAGACCCCCCCAAUGGUGGUGAAUCCUGCAAGCGAAGCUGCUGCCCGCCCUCCUCUUGCCUCCAGGCCCACCUAUCCAGGAAGAUCUUCCCACUCUGCUCCAGGUGGACCCCCAGAGAGGAGCCUGUCAGCUAUAGCUGCUCAGCAGAGCUUGAUGAGGAAGCCUGUGACCCCUGGAACACCUGUUCCAGGAGUCGGGAUGCACCCCCCAGGCCCACCGCUGGCCAGACCUGUGAUCCCAAGGGAGAGAGGUGCAAUGGACAGAGUCAUAGAGUAUCUUGUUGGAGAUGGCCCUCAGAACAGAUACGCUCUCAUAUGUCAGCAGUGUCUGUCCCAUAACGGCAUGGCAUUAAAAGAAGAAUUUGAAUAUAUUGCCUUUCGAUGUGCGUAUUGUUAUUUCUUGAACCCUGCAAGAAAGACGAGGCCUCAGGCACCCAGGCUUACCGAGGUCGCUGGUAACCAUAAGAUGUCACCAGAGGCGACUGGUACUGAUGCAGAUGAUGACCAAAAUGUUUUAGAGAACACGAAGCUUACUGAUGUCCCUGCUGGUUCAAAUACCCAAGAGCCGGCUAUACCAACAGCCACAGAGCCCAGUUCUGCAUCAGAUGGCCAAAACACCCCAGAGUCGCAAGACCUGCCCUCUGAGAAAUCUGACGGAGAGCAAGAUUUGUCUGCCAUGGAAGUGGAAUAAAACAGUGGCGCGGUAAUUUCACCACAAGUCAGACUGGAACAUUUUUGUUUUCAUUGAGAAAAUGUAGAAAUGGUUAGCUUCCAAGUAAAUGCCGUAAGUUUGAAGAGCACAAUAACAGCCCAGAUGUUAAUGCAAUCUUCAUCUUACAGAGUGUUCUUUCUUUUGAAAAUUGCAAUAGUAAUUAAUUAAACAUUGAACUUGCAUAGUAGUAGCAUUUGAUAGUAACUGCCAAACACUCUUAUAUUUUUAGCAUGUUUACAGGUCAAUAACAGAGCUAUGAGGGUUAAGCUUGUAUCAGUGUUGCAUAGGAAAAGUCUCUCUCUCUUUUUUUUUAAACAGGGUUUUGAAGGAGUUUCUGUCUUUAUUCUAACAAGGUACAACUUCAGAAACAGAAAUAUUUUGUGGAAAAAUUAUUUAUGGGAAAUUAUUUAUAAAUAUUUUUUCUAUAUUGCUGUGCCCUUUUCUGACAGUGUUGAAUGGAAUACUUUGCAGCUUGGAGGUGCUUACAUGUUUACACUACCACUGUACCAUAAUGAUGAUGAUAAUAAUAAUAAUGCACAUGCACUAUGUAUUUUUUGCUAAAGGAGGAAAACAGGUUUGUCAGUCCUGUUAUACUGACUGAAGUGCCUUUUUAUAUGUCAAGUCCCUAUUUGAGAACAUUUUCUAUUAAAUGUUUUUACAUGUAGACAGUGAAGUCAUUCAGCUGUUUUAAGUCUUAAAAGGCAGCAUCUGUUUGCUAAGCAAGUUCCCGGUAUGUAUGUAUGUAUGUAUAACUAAUAUUAAAUAAACAUUUGAGAAAAUCUA